AUGCUGUCACCCCUCUGGCAUAGUGCCUACUGGCCUAUAUUACUGCCUACGGGGUUAUUAUCUGCCUACGGGGCUAUUACUGCCUACGGGGCUAUUACUGCCUACGGGGUUAUUACUGCCUACGGGGCUAUUAUCUGCCUACGGGGCUAUUAUCUGCCUACGGGGCUAUUACUGCCUACGGGGCUAUUACUGCCUACGGGGCUAUUACUGCCUACGGGGCUAUUAUCUGCCUACGGGGCUAUUACUGCCUACGGGGCUAUUAUCUGUCUACGGGGCUAUUACUGCCUACGGGGCUAUUAUCUGCCUACGGGGCUAUUACUGCCUACGGGGCUAUUAUCUGCCUACGGGGCUAUUAUCUGCCUACGGGGCUAUUUACUGCCUACGGGGCUAUUAUCUGCCUACGGGGCUAUUUACUGCCUACGGGGCUAUUUACUGCCUACGGGGCUAUUAUCUGCCUACGGGGCUAUUUACUGCCUACGAGGCUAUUUCCUCUAG